AUGAAUCUCGAGGGAGUUCACAAUUUGCCAUUCCCGGACAAAAUCCGCUGGUUCUCGACGGAAAUACAUCGGCUGUGGCUACCUUGGGAAUCUGGACAUGCAGAGCUGGUAGUGCGACCCGAUCAUUUGUUGCAGGACUCGUUUGAGCUUGUAGGAGCGAUGAAGGCGUAUCAGUUGCGGCAGAGAUGUCGCGUGAUGUUUGACGGAAAACCGGCAUUGGAUGCAGUGGGAGACGAGCGAAGUUAUUGGAGUAACGCGAGCUCGGACUUGCUAAUUGGUGAUGAUCACUUGGCCUACUUUGAGUUCGCUGGUAGGCUCGUGGGUAAGGCGAUUCUCGAGGAGCAUUUAAUGUCGGUGCAUCUUGCGCUACCAUUCCUCAAACAUAUUCUGGGCGUACCGAUCUCUUUUUCCGACUUGCAAUUCUUCGACGAUGAGAUCUACAAUAGUGCUUUGAUGGUGAAAAAGAUCGAUGAUAUUGAACCGUUGUGUCUGGACUUUAUAGCCACUCGCGCUGUGGAUGGCCGAGUAGAAAUUGUAAAACUCGUCGAAGGCGGCGCCAGUAUCGACGUGACACGAGAAAAUCGCUUGCGCUACUUGGACGCUCUCUUCAAGUAUCAUGUGCUGGAAAGCGUGAGUGGCCAGCUGCUGUCGUUUCUUACGGCGCUAUACGACGUGGUGCCUGUAAGCUUGCUCAAGGUGUUCGACUACCAGGAGCUGGAGUUGCUUAUGUGCGGAGCGCCAUCGAUCAACGUCGAGGACUGGAAGAAACACACGGACUUCAAGUUAUAUUCACAAAACUUCCCCACGGAACUUGAGCUUAAUAAGAUUGAGUGGCUCUGGAAAGUCGUGGAAGAAUUGACGAACGAAGACCGCGUUCGCUUGUUGCAGUUCACGACAGGCACGUGCCGUUUUCUAGCGCAGGGGUUCAAGGGAUUGAUUAGCAGCGACGGUCGCGUGAGACUUCCUGUUCCCGAAAGCGCAUCCGUGUUUCACCGUUCGGAUCUGCGAAUCUACAACUCGAAACAAGUGCUGGCGGAAUACAUUAACCUGAUCGUACAGAUGGACAUCACUGGUUUUACGAUCGAGUGA